AACAACAACAACAACAACAGCAGGAGCACCACCACCAGCAGCAGCAGCAGCCACAAUCGGCGGCGUACCCUCCCCAAAGCCACUGGGAUGCCGCAAAUCUGCAGACGGUGGUCGAGGAUCCGUUCAAGAUCGCGCAGAACAGAGAGCGACAGGGUUAUUACGCCAGCUCGACGAGCAAGCCUCCAUUUACCUACACUGAGCUGAUCGAGCAAGCCCUGCUUGAGGAGGGAGAGCUGACAGUGUCGGGCAUCUACAGGUGGAUCACUGAGCAUUUUGGCUUCUACAAGUCGUGCGAUGACCGCUGGAAGAACAGCGUACGACAUAAUCUCUCGAUGAACCCGUACUUUCGUAAGGGCUCCAAGGCCAAGAACGGGUCGGGCCACCUCUGGACCCUCGCCAACGUGGAGGGCCGCCGGGUCCGCCGGAGCUACACCGCUGCAAGGAUGGGCAGACCCGACAGAAAGGUACCGUGGGAGAUGACGCUAGACCUCUGCGACGACAUUUCGUCACCGGCGCAGGAUAUCUGGCUCUGCUCCACGGCCGAGGACAAGGAGAACAUGCCAGUGACGGCCGGCUACGGCGCAGACUAUCUCACCUACGUGCCCGAGGCGAUGGCAAGCACUGACGUGUCGUUGGAGGAAUCGGCCGAGCGUGUGCUGGCAGGCACCGGCAGCCACGUGGAGGUUCAGCUCAUGCCGCCGCUGCGACAUGACCGGGUCACCUCAGAGGCCUUGCUGGGCGAUUACCAGAUGGCGGCGGCGCUGCAGUCGUGAGGAGGUCGGCGCUGGAGCGGCCACUGCCCGGUCCCACCUUUGACUGCUGACCCCGUCCGGGCAUGCGCCGGCAGAGCCGCCCACGGGAGGGUCCGGCGCACCCGGCGGCAUCUGGCCCGACACAUCGAGCACGCGGUCCGCUCAAACGACAGUGCAGGCCAACUGACCGUUCAGUCAAUGUCAUGAUGGGCUUUGAGUCAACGCAGCGGAUGGUUCAUUCAGUCCAGGCGUGUUUCAUUCCGUACAGUGCACUGCGAUCCGUUCGAGUGAGGGUCAGUCCGGUAAGUUCCGCCGUCAGGCAGUGGGAGACUUUAUCCAUCCAGGUGUGCAUACACUACGUCCAGUCGUGAACAGAGCCGUCUAGCUGUGAACAGAGCCGUCUAGCUGUGAACAGAGCCGUCCAGUUGUGUACACAGCCGUCCAGUUGUGAACAGAGCCGUCCAGUUGUGGACACAGCCGUCCAGUCGUGCACAGAGCCGUCCAGUUGUGAACAGAGCCGUCCAGUUGCGAACAGAGCCGUCCAUUUAUGGGCAUAUUCUGGCACAUGGGGCACGCGGUCCAUUCGGAGGUCACACCGUGCAAUCAUGUACCCUCCGUCCAGUCGAGAGUCCGUCCAUCCUGUCCGUCACAUCGUCCUUCGGCUAAAUAUCUGGGGGUGGGAUCAGUUUGUUCCCGCUCAGCUCUCCCCCAUCUCCUCAAACUGGUCAUCCGUGGAGCCGGCGCCCCCACCUCGACUCCGCUGGUCACGUGCGGCACAGAUGAACUCGUAGACAUCCUUUUCAUGAUGAAUACGGCCGCAGACGAUGUACAUACAUGUAGCCCGUCACAGGCACUAUGAAGGUGCGAACGGUCGUUCUGUAAGUCAGCAGCGGCACUUUGGGAGGUUGAUACAGACUACAGUUGGACAGUUUCGGUAGGCUGCCUGCAUCUCGCCGUUCUGUAACUCAUUGAAGGAGGGCAGCUAGUCAGAUACCAUAACUUACUUCUGAGCUUUGUACAGGCUAUCAUCCGAAUAGUUUUACGAACAAAGACGGGCACCCAGGCGGAGCCAACCGUGAUUUAUUACGCGCAUCACAGACAAAGAACAAAAUCACCAACAAACGGACGACUACAACCUGGGGUAAAUGCCCACCUGGUGCGUGCAUUUUAAAUCGAGGCCGAAGCCGCGUAUAUAUACUUGGGCCGAAGCAGCGUGCCCGGCUGCUGUGUGUCGGCGUUCGGCCACGCCGGUGGUCCUUUAGCUGCGAGUCCGGCAGAGACUGCGAGGCUCUACAGCGCGGGACAUGUUCACACGUACCGUGGUCACCGGCGUUGUAUGAAUGUGUGAAUGGCCAUGGCAGAACUUCGUAAUGCAAUACACACAUGGACAGAAAAAAAUUCCUUACACAACAAGGGAUUGGCACGGCAAAGUAUUCCGGUAUGUCGAGCAUGACUGGCUGCCGCGGCCGCCGCUUGCUCAGGGCUUUCUGCAUGCCAUAAAAACGAGCGCUACGAGCGCCGUCGGAUCCAUCCAUCCGUAAAAACACGAACACGGCACACUAGAGUGACACUAGACGGGCUAAUCAACAGUCGAUGGAGCUGUGGGGGUCAUAAUACCUGAAGAUCCCCGGGGGCAUACCCGUCCAAUGCAAACUACCGCCAUCUGUUGUUGCCGCUGACAACUAUCGGUGACUCGGUCCGAUCCAGGACAUUGAGACGCGCGCGCGCCUGCUGCUCGGCUACUCCAAAACCGCUCCGGAUAACCCACCCCGACAGGUGCUGUUCAACACACCCACGCUUCAACGAUCGCCUGUGUUGAUCGGGCUAUACAGAAUUUGCGGACGAUCCAUGGAGAACUUCAGCAAGUUGGGGACUGGCGCUGUAUCACACCGAUCACCUGCUACUUGGCUCGCAUGAACACAACCGAGCGUAAUUUCAUACUGUCCGAUAAUGAAUCACGCUGAGGGUGGUUACCAGCGCCAUGGUCCCGAGGUCGACGACACAGCCGGCGCAGCCACAUUUCCGCCGACAGGCCUCCGCACGGGGGAUCGUCAGCGGCGCCGGUCAGCGGCCGUCGGUCAGUGGUGCCGAUCAGCGGCCGCGCCGGCGUCAGCGGCGCCGGUCAGCGGCCGCCCGCGCCGGCC